AUGUCUCUCUCAGACGUCGACAUGGGUUCACAGUCCGCUGAGAUGAGCUCUCCUCUGGACGAGAUUGUUGUGAAUGCAGACUGCGUAGACUCGGCCCAUUCAGCUUGCCUGGUUGUUCCUCCACAGAGUGCCGAAUUGCUCGCGCCGGCUUCAUUAGACGCAAAACCCGAUCAUAAUGCCCAGAUUAUCGGCCUCAGCGGCGAGUCUGACCCAUACUUGCUCCAACAUUAUCGCUUUGACGAGAGUGAUGAAUGUGCUUUCCAGCAGUUGCGUAUCAGGAAUAUGGGCGUGGAUGAUGGGGUUCCUGUCCAGUUUAUGGUACAGCACAACUCGCUAGCAAGCAGAGCACAGCCCGGAGACUUUGGGCUCAACGAAUCCGACAUCAAAAACGAAGUUGCUAGCAUGGUUUCCGAUGACGUAGGCAAAAGACUUCUAAAUCUGUUCUGGCGUUAUGUCCAGCCAUACUUUCCAAUCGUGUCAGUUGAAAACACCAUGAGCGAACUGAACGGUGAACCAUCAUCGCUACCGACGUGUCUCAUGGCUGCAAUGUAUGGACAUACUCUUCCAUUCUGCGUCUUUGAUGACAAGCUUUGUGUCGAUGUCUACACGCCCCCUUCAGCGGACCACCUCUUCAAGCUCGCUUGGAUGGCGGCCUUAUCCCAAUAUCACACACCCUCAUUAGCUACAGUACAGACCAUGCUGCUGUUGAUCCAACGACGGCCAACCAACAAACAUGUGGCAGACACGCCGUUCAAAUGGGUAAUGCUGGCAGACACGGUGGCCCUUGCUCAAUGCCUCGGCCUCAACCUGGACCCGAUGGAUUGGUCGAUACCUCAGUGGGAAAAGCGACUGCGGCGAAGACUUGGUUGGGCGGUAUACGUUCAAGACCGAUGGCUGAGUUUGAACUUCGGUCGGAGCUCGCAUAUUCAAGACUGCGACUGGGAUGUUUCUCCUCUCACGACAAGCGAUUUUGGCGACGCGUCGGCACUGAGUGACCAGCCGCCAGUAUCCUAUCACUUCUUGCACUUGGCCUCACUGACCGAGAUCGUGUCGAAGAUUCAGCAAAACAUGUUUUCCGUAAAGGCUACUCGAGUGCUCACCAAGUCUUUGGAGGCCAGUUUCGAAGUCGCAAGACCGUUACGGCUCGAACUUGCCGAAUGGCUCAAAGACCACCCCGACGUUGUCGAGCAGCCUUCUCCAAUUCUCUCCAACGACAGUCUGGACGGCAACGGAAGUCUCAGACUUGCCUACAUCACCGCCAAAGUCGCCGUUUUCAGGGCUCUUCUGAGACCAAAGAGCACUGAAGCUCCGCCCGAGGCACGCGCGGCUUUGCGCGCCGGCGCGAUGGCCGUUGCACGCGAGAUGUACGACUUCCUGGCCAGACUUGGCCCACACCAUCUAGAAGCCUUUUGGCACUCUUACUCAAGGGUCAACUUUGCCAUUGCCAGUAACUUCAUCGUUCUUUUGUUCACACUGUCUCCGACGACGGCUGAUGCGGAGGAUUCUCUUACUUUGUUGACGCAAUGGCGGAGCUUGUUGCGUAUCAAGUCGAGAAGCUGUGAUCUCCUGAAUCUGAGCUUGCUCAGACUGGACGCCAUGUUCGUUGCUGGUCUAGGCCAACUUAUUGACCUGACUGCUCCAGCGGCUGAAGCUGUUUCGAGUCGUAACUUGUGA